CCAUGGGUUCAGAAAAAGUUGGACACGACUGAAUGACUAACACACACAAGCGGUCCCAAAUGGCCCCUUCUUUGCCUUCUGAUCUCCUGUUCCUCCACACCAGACUUGGCACAUGGCCACUGCUCCCUCACCCUCCUGUCCCCUUGAGCUUAAAUCCACACCUCCUUUGUCAGCCUGACUCUGGGCUGAACACCAAAGUGUGUGUUGGUGGGGUGGAGCAUUUGUCAAGAUGCUUGUGCAGAGGUCACAAUGCAUUCUCUGUGAUGAGGUCCCCAGAUAAAACUGGGCCGGUGUGAAAGACCUCACUGGACACCAAUCUCCCUGGGAGACCACCAGACUCACCAACUGACACGUCUCCUGUCCUUUCAGCCUCUAGCCCAGGCCUUGGCAGAGUUCCUUCCAGUGCUUAGAGGGUGGCUGAGGAGGUGAGAGUACGUGGUGUCAGAGCCAAUCUACUGCCUGCUGAGGCACCAGCAUCUGGGCCAGAGAUGAGGGUUCAAUACCUGAAGCUGCAUCUGCUAGCCACCUGUGUGCUUACCUUGUGGCUGAUGGUCUUCCUUCUGGACCAGAAGUCUAACCAGAAUGACCUUCGUAAGAUGCCCAGAAAUCGCUCAAAGACCUGCGACUGCCCCCAGAACUCUUUAAGAAAGUGUAUCUGUAAAUCUGAGGUCCAUGAGUGCUCCACCUGCCUUGGCAUUCCUGGAGAGUCUGUCUGGUUUGACGAACGCUUUGAGAUGGACAUUGAGCCCCUGAUGAGGUCAGAAGUGCCCAUGUCCUCUGAUGCUUUGCUAUUGUGGUUGGGCAUGGAGUCAGAGGAGUUUGGGAAUCAGAAUCAGCAGCCCCCUGAAGGGCCUUCCACAUACCCACUGGACCGUGUGGGGUGCCGGACUUGUGCAGUGGUUGGAAACUCAAAGUUCCUACGGGGCUCUGGCCUUGGCCUAAAGAUUGACCAACAUGAUGUGGUCCUCAGGAUGAACCAGGCACCUGUCCAAGGCUUUGAGGCGGACGUGGGAAAAAAAACCACUGUGCGUGUUACGUACCCCAAGAUAGACAGCCCUCAGGAUCCUGGUGCCCAGCUGCUGCUGCUUCCUCUGAAUUCAUCUGGUCUGCAGUGGGUCAUGGACAUAGUGCAGAAAGAGAGCAUCAUUCAGAAGGCAGAAAAUCCUGGAUUUCGGAUAGUCCAGGUCCCCCGUGGAAGUAAUGAGAAGAAAGACAAGGUCUCAGUGAUCAGCCUGAACUUCUUCCAGUAUGUCCAGCAGAGAUGGCUGAGAAAACACGGUCACUUUCCAUCUCUGGGGUUCAUAACUCUGUUGUAUGCCUUGCACACCUGUGACCAGGUAUCCUUGUUUGGUUUUGGGACAGACCAGCUCAUGAGGUGGUCCCAUUACUGGGAUGAUAAAUAUUGGUUCAAGAGCAACAUGCACAGUUUUAAAGAAGAGCAACAGGUCAUCCUUAAGCUGCAGUGUGAGGGGAAGGUUGCUGUUUACAACUGAGAUGGCCUCCAGCCAGUUCAGCCCACUGGAAGCCCCCGGAGGCUGACAGGUGGUCAAAAGGACCUUGGCGUGUCAGAGAGGGAUAAGGGCUUCAAAACUACCCUGGAUGAAGAUCACUCUGCUAUAAACCUCCACAUGGUGACAUUAAAGGACUACUUUCUCUUCUA